AUGAACGCCAACGGACAGAGCAUUGUAGAAGAGGAGACGGAGCUGCUGCAGACGCAAGUGGCGGAGCUAACGCAGGUGGAGAUGGCGGAAGAGGCUGAAGACUAUGACAGCGAGAGCGAGAGCGAGUGCGGCUACGUGUGCAAAAUCUGCGGCUUUGACAUGUCAGAGAUCGAUCUGAUGCGUCGCAUUCGUCAUGUGAAACUGUGUGGCCAGAAGUUCGGCGUGCGACCUCAAGACAUGGGGGAAGUAGAGCAAGCUGAGACCAUCGUACGAAGGCUGGAAAAGAAGGAGGAGCCGCCAGAUGUAGUUGCCAUCAUGAUGAAGUCAUCGGCAGGGAAGGAGGAGACUUCAGUUGCUGCUAUUGAGAGAUCAAAUGUCUUUGACGUGUUGAUGCGAGGCUCCAAGACCGCAGCAGUGCUCAACUCUCGGAAACGCCCUGUGCCUUUCAAGUUCACUCGCAAAGCAAUUCAACGACGACGUCUAUUGUACCCCGACUUCAAGUGCAUUCAGGGUACAGACCCGCCGUUCAUAGUGGAUGGCUUCCAGUACGCUUGUAAAGAAAACUCAAGCAUUUACUUCCUGACUCACUUUCACUCAGAUCACUAUGGAGGUCUCACCAAGAACUUUGACUGCGGCAUCAUUUACUGCAACGAGAUAACAGCAAAGCUCGUCGUACAAGAACUGGGUGUUCAGAGCAAGUAUGUUCACCCAGUUGGAAUGAACACGCCUGUGCUCGUUGCUGAUGUACAAGUGACAUUCAUGGACGCCAAUCAUUGCCCUGGUUCCGCCAUCAUUCUAUUCCGCCUGAAGGACGGCAAGACGUAUCUGCACACUGGCGAUUUCCGAUUCAACCGUAGAAUGCUGGAGUAUCAUGCGCUUCAACCCCAUAUUCCAACUGGAAAUGAAACUAUUGAUCAUAACGGCAAAAUUGUGGGUCUCCAGCGUCUGGAUGGAGUAUACCUCGAUACCACCUACUGCGAUCCUAAGUACACAUUUCCGACCCAGCAAGUUGCUAUUGAUCACGCUCUUGAGCUCGUCGACAAGCACAUCAGGCAGGAGAAAGUGCUUUACCUCUUCGGGUCCUACACAAUUGGCAAAGAACGAUUAUUCAUGGAGAUCGCACGAAAGUUUCAGAAGAAGGUGUGCGUGUCGAAAGCCAAACUGAAAAUCAUCGAGACGUUUGGCUGGCCCUCAGAAGAGAUUCAGCUCCUGACGACGGAACCCGCGGCGACCAAUUUACACGUUGUUCGCAUGCAGGACCUUCAAAUGGACAACCUGACAGUGCUGCUUGCGAAACAUCGACUACGUUUCCGCCAGAUCGUGGCUUUUCGCCCCACGGGCUGGACCUUUAGUGGCAAGAAUCCACGAUCAAUUUCUACUUGUUGCACGGACCCUUCCGGCAAGAUUCACGUCUAUGGGAUCCCGUACAGCGAACAUUCGAGUUUCGCGGAGCUGUGUGACUUCGUCCAAGUCGUGAACCCAGUUUCUAUUAUCCCGACGGUGAAUUGCAGUAAUAAGCGGAAGGCUACCAACCAAGUUAACGCAUUACGCCAGGUUGCAUUCCACAACAUAUCGAUACUUUUCAAGCAGCAACAAAAGCAGAUCAAACAGCAGCUAAAAGAGCUGAAAGAAGAGCAAAAACAGUAUCAAAGCAACGAGGCGCAUGGCACCACACAUGCAGACAACGAUGGAGAUCGUCCAGAUGAAUUCUCCAGUCUCCAAGCUCACGCUGGUGGUGGCUACUGUACGUGA